GGAGCCGCCCUGCCCUGCUCAGCCCAGCCCACGUUGCUGCUUAGAUUGAAAUGCAGAACUCAAGCCUCUUUCAUCGGGGCACAGACUUCCUUUUACUUCUUCCUUUUGCCCUCUCGCCUCCUCCUCCUGGGAAGAAGCGGAGGGGCCGGCGGUCGGCCGGGAUAGCAACAGGCCGGGCCACUGAGGCGGUGCGGAAAGUUUCUGUCUUGGAGUGCGGAACUGGGGCCGGGUUGGUGUACUGCUCGGAGCAAUGGAGCCAGCCUUCGGGGAGGUGAACCAGCUGGGAGGAGUGUUCGUGAACGGGAGGCCGCUGCCCAACGCCAUCCGGCUUCGCAUCGUGGAACUGGCCCAACUGGGCAUCCGACCGUGUGACAUCAGCCGCCAGCUACGGGUCUCGCACGGCUGCGUCAGCAAGAUCCUGGCGCGAUACAACGAGACGGGCUCGAUCUUGCCAGGAGCCAUCGGGGGCAGCAAGCCCCGGGUCACUACCCCCACCGUGGUGAAACACAUCCGGACCUACAAGCAGAGAGACCCCGGCAUCUUCGCCUGGGAGAUCCGGGACCGCCUGCUGGCGGACGGCGUGUGCGACAAGUACAAUGUGCCCUCCGUGAGCUCCAUCAGCCGCAUUCUGCGCAACAAGAUCGGCAACUUGGCCCAGCAGGGUCAUUACGACUCAUACAAGCAGCACCAGCCGACGCCGCAGCCGGCGCUCCCCUACAACCACAUCUACUCGUACCCCAGCCCUAUCACGGCGGCGGCCGCCAAGGUGCCCACGCCACCCGGGGUGCCUGCCAUCCCCGGUUCGGUGGCCAUGCCGCGCACCUGGCCCUCCUCGCACUCCGUCACCGACAUCCUGGGCAUCCGCUCCAUCACCGACCAAGUGAGCGACAGCUCCCCCUACCACAGCCCCAAGGUGGAGGAGUGGAGCAGCCUGGGCCGCAACAACUUCCCCGCCGCCGCCCCGCACGCGGUGAACGGGUUGGAGAAGGGAGCCCUGGAGCAGGAAGCCAAGUACGGUCAGGCACCAAAUGGUCUCCCAGCUGUGGGCAGUUUUGUGUCAGCAUCCAGCAUGGCUCCUUACCCUACCCCAGCCCAAGUGUCGCCUUACAUGACCUACAGCGCUGCUCCUUCUGGUUAUGUUGCUGGACAUGGGUGGCAACAUGCUGGGGGCACCUCAUUGUCUCCCCACAACUGUGACAUUCCGGCAUCGCUGGCGUUCAAGGGAAUGCAGGCAGCCAGAGAAGGUGACUUUCUGGCAACGUCUUUGUCUCUGUUUGGUGGUGGGCUGCUCGGGCUCCUGGACCUGGACUUGCCCCCAAAUUUUGUGUAUGCAGUGAAGGCUUCAACAUCUCAUGAAGGACACUUUCUUUCUACAGCAGAGGACACGAAAAACAGAUAAAACAAGCCAGUCUCCCAUUUUGUACCUAAUCAAACAACACACAUGCUAAGCAUAUAAAGACAAGAGGGUGGAAAAUAUCUGAACAAGAAGGCUCUAAAGGAAGUCACUUAGAAACUUAAGUUUAAUGUGAAAUGUUUUGCAAAGAUGCUUAAAAUGAACUUUGUGUUAAGAAAACCACUGUGAAACUAAAUUGUACUAUUAUUGUUGGCUUACCUGUGUGUUCAGCAAUCUCAGCCCCAAAUAAUGUUGUAAUUUAAAGAAAAUGGAAAAUUCUGCUCUAAUGAAUGUAACAAUGGCUUGCUGUGAAGUUUACAUUGUUGUACAGAAGCAUGUUUCGCAUGUAGGUAAAUUGGUGGUGGUACUAGAAAUACAAUGUUAUUUAAUUUUAACAAAUUCCCUUUAUUCAUUUCUGAAAUUACAGGACACAGUUUAACUCAUAAACCUUUCUAGACCAAUUUAUUUUUCACUUUAAUGUUAAUAACAGUUGUGGAGUAUAUGUGUGUGUGAGCAUGUGAGUAUGUGUUGUAUUUUAAAACAAUUGAUUUUCUGGGGCAAAAUUCUACAGUUUUUAAUCCCUUCUGUUUAGGAAGUUCUUCCUGUUUGGCAAUAUAGGCUUAAAAAUAUGUUUUUAGGACAUUGGUACAAUUCAGCUGUUGGAAAAUUAAUAUAUUGAGGGUUUUUUGGUACUAAUUCUGUGCAAUAACUAAAAGAGCACCUCACUGGAUAUGGAUGUUGAAGAUGGAUUCCCUAGGUGAUUUUAAUUUCUUCCCGUCUGUGCUGUGCACAGUCUACAUGGCAAUGCGGUUCCACCACAUCGGUUUCGUGGCUUCGUUUAAAACUCAGAUGGCUAGAUUAGUUAGGUUUUCAAAUCACUAGGAUGUAAACAGUAAGCAGAUUUCUGACACACAAAUUAUGUUAGAGUGACUGCUUUUUUCAGACAGCAGAUAUCUUAUAGAGAGCUUUGAACUGCAUUUAUUUCUAAAGCAACCGAAAUUCAGUGCUACAAAUAGAGGAUUAUAACUUCAGGAGAAGAAUAAGCAGAAGGAGCAGAUGAACUCUCAGGGCCAUGGUCUUCCUUUGAUCUUGUAAAACUUCCACUGACAUUUGGAGUUCCCAGUCUGGUGAGAAAAUAGACUAUAAACUGAAUGGAACAAAGAUCCAAUCCAAUAUUUUGGUGGAGACUUUAAAACCAUACCAUACAGGGACUCUCCUGUCAUCUGAAAAACUGAUGUAAGGUACAGAACUAUUCUUUAUCAAAUGUUUUUAGGUGGCUGUUAGGGGGCUUUAAAAAAUAUUACUUGCUUGUGUGGAAAUGCAAAUAAUGUUAUUUUCUUUAUCUAAAUUAAGAAAUCUCUUGUUAUUGUGCUAUUUAUACUUUUUUUCUGGUUCUUGUAUUUUAAAAAGUCUAAUAUUAAUGGUAUUGAAGUUUCCUUUUCUCCCUCUAGGUCUUAACAGUGAAUUCACAUGGAGUAAUUUUUAAAAGAUAACAGAUACAAUUUGCUAUUCAAAGAAAAUUAUGAUUUAAAGCCACUUUUUAAAAUACGAGAAGGAAAAUAGGAUGGAUUAAAGAAGGGUUAACUUUUAAAGAUUAUUAUUAUUGGUUAAUGUUGACAUAUUGCCUCUAUCUCAUAGAUGGUAAAAGUGUUGCUUUUAAACUGGCAAAUGCACUCUUCAGAAAUCCUUUUCUAUCUGAUCCACAUGGAGAGGUUAAAGGUUCAAUUUCAUGGCCUCUAUGCAGGCAGCGCUCUCAUUGGAUGUAAGAAUAUUACCUGCAAGGAUAGAAUGCAGUUGUGCAACAGAGACACAUUCUUAUUUCUCUUUUUUCACAAUUUUGUUUUGUUUUUAAUGACCCUUUUAUUGAAUAUUGGACUGAAAUAUAAAUUUUAAAAAACACGUUGGAAAGGAUGUACAACAGAAGGCUAUGUAUGUAUAUACAGUAUGUCAAAAGCCUUUUAUUUUUAUACUUCAAAUGCUCUAAAUUAAUAAAAAGUAAUAAUUACCAUGUUA